AUGCCUGUUCUUGUCUCCUCUUCCAUCUCUCUGUUCAAAACCCUUUUUCCACUCUUCCUUUUUGUUCUUCAUGUUCGCCAUUUGAACAUCCAAAUUGGUCCCACCACAGUUCCAAGAAUCGACUCGUAUAAGAUCGAAUCUCUCAGUCCGAGCAUCAAAAACCCAAAACGAAGAGCAAUGGAGAUGAAGAAAGAAGUUGCAGAGCAGGAGAACAUCUGUACGGCGUUGCUGACUGCAGGAGUUGUCCUUUCAAUGGCCUGUCUGAAACAUUUCUCUUCGGUCUCGUCUUUGAUCGAGCAAUGGCGUUCUUGGGUCUUCCUCGUACUCAACCUCGUCCUCAUCGCCGUUUACUUCACUUCAACUCGCUCGAGUUCCUGCCAUUGCGUAGAUCAAGAGCUCAAGACUCGUUGCGGAGGAAGAUUGAGGAUGAGAGGGAAGAAAACGAAGAAGGCGAAAAGGGUUUGCUCUGAUUUCGUAAUUGACCUCAACAAGUUCGAGGGAGAGAUCAAAAGCUGCGUAGAGAAAGAAGUCGUUGAAGAGACCAAAAGGGUUUGCUCCGAAACAGAGGAAAAUGAGAAAGAUCGUUUUUUUAUCGAGAAAACGGCACAGAAGGAGGACGAUCAAGAACGCGAGAGGAGGGUUAACGUCGUAACAGAUGAUGACGAUGAAGAAGAUGGGUACAUAGAGCCAGGGAGAUUAUCGAACGAGGAGUUGAACGAGAGAGUGGAAGCGUUCAUCACAAUGUUCAGACAGCAUUUGGUAUUGGAUGCAAGAAGAGGCAGGGACAGAGACAGGAACAGAAUGGAAGUCUCGAAGCAUAGAGAGGCAGAGACGAUGAGAUCUAAUGGGAAAGGGUUUAGUGGUUCCGACAUUAACGUUUCGGCUCGGGAGGUCACUUGUUCUGUCUGAUAGUUUUGUAAAACUCUGUACUUUCCUGAACAAUUCGUUUUGCUUAUUCGUUUCUUUUCGCGGGUUUGCGGCCAAAUUGGCUGGCAAUGCUCCUGAAAUCGAAAGGUCGAUUCUCCGAAUGAUUUCA